AUGGCAUCGCUUCGAGAAUUUGUGUGUAGUCAUCAUGGGAUGUGGCGGCGAGAGGCUCGUCCUUGUAACACAACAACUAGCGGGGUCUUCACCUCCAGUAAGGACCACUGUAAACCACUAGUUCUCGGAGGCCACCGGAAGUACCACGUCUACAGGAGAGUAUUUUGGCGAAUCAUUUUAAGCAGUACACUUCCAACACAGGAACUGUGUGAAGCAGUUAUCGAGCAAAACUUGAACGAACUUGGCUGCAAGUCAUGUGUAAAGUGCAUUACAUUCGUCAACAUUCAGGUGACACGGGGAAAUGGACUUGGCCCUAUAUUUAUGGACGGGUUGGCAGGAUGGAAGUGCUCUUGGUCACCGAUGCCGGGCUGCUGGAGCCUCGCGACGGUCACCGAGCUGCUGGAGCCUCGCGACGGUCACCGGGCUGCUGGAGCCUCGCGACGGUCACCGAGCUGCUGGAGCCUCGCGACGGUCACCGAGCUGCUGGAGCCUCGCGACGGUCACCGGGCUGCUGGAGCCUCGCGACGGUCACCGGGCUGCUGGAGCCUCGCGACGGUCACCGGGCUGCUGGAGCCUCGCGACGGUCACCGGGCUGCUGGAGCCUCGCGACGGUCACCGGGCUGCUGGAGCCUCGCGACGGUCACCGGGCUGCUGGAGCCUCGCGACGGUCACCGGGCUGCUGGAGCCUCGCGACGGUCACCGGGCUGCUGGAGCCUCGCGACGGUCACCGGGCUGCUGAAGCCUCGCGACGGUCACCGAGCUGCUGGAGCCUCGCGACGGUCACCGGGCUGCUGGAGCCUCGCGACGGUCACCGGGCUGCUGGAGCCUCGCGACGGUCACCGGGCUGCUGGAGCCUCGCGACGGUCACCGGGCUGCUGGAGCCUCGCGACGGUCACCGGACAAAGGCUGAGCAGUUUUAGCCGUCAAUGUUGUGGUGCUUCGAAGGCUCACAUCUUUGAAGUCUCGGUUCAUGUCUUUCAUUAUUUAAACGAAAAAGCAAGAUCUCGUCGAAUUAUUAAGUGGGUAUUUGUGUUUGAGGCCACUGUUAAUGUUAGCGUUGACUGGUGCUCCUGUGGAACGUUGUCUGGUGCUCCUGUGGAACGUUGUCUGGUGCUCCUGUGGAAUGUUGCCUGGGGCUCCUGUGGAACGUUGCCUGGGGCUCCUGUGGAACGUUGUCUGGUGCACCUGUGGAACGUUGUCUGGGGCACCUGUGGAACGUUGCCUGGGGCUCCUGUGGAACGUUGUCUGGGGCACCUGUGGAACGUUGUCUGGGGCUCCUGUGGAACGUUGUCUGGGGCACCUGUGGAACGUUGUCUGGGGCUCCUGUGGAACGUUGUCUGGGGCACCUGUGGAACGUUGUCUGGUGCUCCUGUGGAACGUUGUCUGGGGCUCCUGUGGAACGUUGUCUGGGGCUCCUGUGGAACGUUGUCUGGGGCUCCUGUGGAACGUUGUCUUGUGCUCCUGUGGAACGUUGUCUGGGGCUCCUGUGGAACGUUGUCUGGGGCUCCUGUGGAACGUUGUCUGGGGCUCCUGGGGAACGUUGUCUGGGGCUCCUGGGGAACGUUGUCUGGUGCUCCUGUGGAACGUUGUCUGGUGCUCCUGUGGAACGUUGUCUGGGGCUCCUGCAGAACGUUGUCUGGUGCUCCUGUGGAACGUUGUCUGGUGCACCUGUGGAACGUUGUCUGGUGCUCCUGUGGAACGUUGUCUGGUGCACCUGUGGAACGUUGUCUGGUGCUCCUGUGGAACGUUGUCUGGGGCACCUGUGGAACGUUGUCUGGUGCUCCUGUGGAACGUUGUCUGGGGCUCCUGUGGAACGUUGUCUGGGGCUCCUGUGGAACGUUGUCUGGGGCUCCUGUGGAACGUUGUCUGGUGCUCCUGUGGAACGUUAUCUGGGGCUCCUGUGGAACGUUGUUUGGGGCUCCUGUGGAACGUUGUCUGGGGCUCCUGGGGAACGUUGUCUGGGGCUCCUGGGGAACGUUGUCUGGGGCUCCUGUGGAACGUUGUUUGGGGCUCCUGUGGAACGUUGUCUGGGGCUCCUGUGGAACGUUGUCUGGGGCUCCUGUGGAACGUUGUCUGGGGCCCCUGUGGAACGUUGUCUGGGGCUCCUGGGGAACGUUGUCUGGGGCUCCUGUUGAAUAUUAUUGCUGCUAUUUCCUAUUAACUAUUCUCGAUCUUAUCCUUAGUUAA